AAAAAUUUCGAUGGCAUUUGUCGAGGCGUGUCGGCGCUCCUUCUGAUCUGCGUGGUACCAACGAUCUGCACUUCCUAUCAAUUGUGCAGAUUGGUACCGGUUUUUCUUCCCUCCCCUUGUCAACUCUUUCCUUUUCCUUUCCCUUCCUCCGCUCGCCUUGCGCCGUAACUUGCCAAUUCUCCCCCGCCUCGGCCUCGUCCCGACAAAGCCGCGCGGAAGCGUUACAACGAGCAUUGCUGGAUCGAGUUUGCCAGCCCGCGGAAACGCCCGAACUCGCCGCCAUGUCGGAGCUCAAGCAUCCAUCGGACGAGGAGGACACCAAAUAUCCGGCGGCCGGCAAAGUCGCUGUCGGUGGCGAUGCGGCCCGUCAUUACGACUCGGCCCCGGGCUCGGAGGAGGUCGUCUGCCCGCCCCACACCACGGAUCGCCGGAUCACGACCAAGAUUGACGCAUACAUCAUCCCCUUCGUCUCGGUGCUCUACCUCAUGGCCUUCCUCGACCGCGUCAACAUCGGCAACGCCCGCGCCUUCGGCCUCGAGGAGGAGCUCCACAUGGGCGGCGUCGAGUACAACACGGCGCUAACCAUCUUCUUCGUCCCCUACAUCGUCUUCGAGAUCCCGUCCAACAUCCUGCUCAAACACUUCACCCCCCGCGUCUGGCUGUCCAUCUGCUGCAUCGGCUUUGGCUCCGUCACCGUCUUCCAGGGCCUGGUCCAGAACUACAGCGGCCUUCUCGCCACCCGCUUCUUCCUGGGCGCUUUCGAAUGCGUCCUGUUCCCCGGGUGCUUCUACCUGAUCGGCAGUUGGUACCGCCGUGCCGAGGCCCAGAAGCGCUUCUCCCUCUUCUUCUCGUCCACCUCGCUGGCCGGCGCCUUUGGCGGCCUCUUGGCCUCGGCGAUCGGGAAGAUGGACCACAUCCGGAACUACCGGGGAUGGCGCUGGAUCUUCCUCCUCGAGGGCUGCUUCACCGUCCUCUUGGGCGUCAUCUUCCUCUUCACCUUCCCUUCCUUCCCGGAACAGGCGACCUGGCUUCGUGACGACGAGCGCGAGUACGUCAAGGCCCGGCUGCGCGCCUCGCAGGGCGCGAGUGGUGCCGAGCGCAAGAUCAAGCUCAGAGACGUCAAAGACGUCAUGUCCGACUACAAGAUCUGGCUCGGCGGCUUCAUGUACUUCGGCCUCAUCGUACCAGCCUACUCGUACGCCUACUUCGCGCCCACCAUCAUCCAGAGCUACAAGUACGAUCCUAUCACCACCCAGCUGCGAUCCGUCCCUCCCUGGGCCGUCUCGUUUGGCUUCUCCAUGAUCGUCGCCAUCUUGUCAGACUGGGCCAAGCAUCGCUUCUCGUUCAUCAUCGGGUCCAUUUGCAUCGCCAUCUCGGGCUUCGCCGUCCUGCUCUCCGUCCACGAUAACCUGCAGGUUCAGUAUGCGGCCCUGUUCUUGACCUGCAUGGGUACCUACUCGGCCAUGCCCGUCAUUGUGUGCUGGUUCAACAUGAACCUAGGCGGGCAUCACCGGAGAGCCAUCGGGAGCGCCUGGCAGAUUGGCUUCGGUAAUAUCGGCGGUAUCAUCGCGACCUAUUCGUUCGUCAAAGGCGACGCGCCCUUUUACAGGAAGGGCUAUGCCAUCUGCCUCUCGUUCAUCUGCCUCAGCGUGCUAUCUUGUUUUGCGUAUGCCGCGGCCAUCACGUGGGAGAACAAGAAGCGGAGCAAGCAGGUGCACGACCUGAACUUGACGGAAGCUCAGAAGCUGGAUCUUGGGGAUCUGAACCCGGAGUUCAGGUACAUGCUAUGACAUGAAACUCGGACUACUGGAACGGAUGCGACGGGACGUCUAUAAAGAAUCAUUUCCGUGGAGAAAUUUAUAGAACGGAUCCGAACGCACAUAGAGAAAG